AUGUUAAAUCUGCUUAUAUUUUACUUGAUAUCCAUUUUAUUAAUAAUUAAUAACUCUCAUAUUGCUAAUGGACAAGAAGCUCCAACCCCCACUAUUCCCACUCCAACCGCUCCAACAGCAAUACCAACAACGGUAGAUGAGAUAUUACCUUAUUUAGAUCCGCGAUUUUAUUCACAGUUACUCAAGAACAAAACCGUUCCCGGAACCGAAGAUAAUAAAGACGCAUGUUAUUAUGUUUCAACUCCUCAACCGGAAGAUAAUAUUGGGUUUGGAAAUGGAACAAUUUCAUGGUCAUGUCCAGCUGGAUAUUUCUGCUUAAGUCCGGACAAACCGAUACAAUGCACUGCAGGCUUCUUAUGUCCGGAGAAUUCUGCACAACCUGUAUUUUGCUGCGCGGGUUAUUAUUGUAAUGCAGAUGCAACGGAAAUCAAUAUAUGCCCCAAAGGAUCAUUUUGCGCCAUCGGAACUGUUGAUCCGGUACCUUGUCAUAAUUUAGCUUAUUGUCCAGAAGGUUCAAGAAGGGCAAAUAGAUAUUAUAUUCUUGCCCUGGUUAUCCUUGCGGCCAUAGUAAUUGCUAUAUUAUUUGCGGUUAACAAUAAAGCAGAUGAGUUGAAAACUAAAAAAUACAGAGGAUUAUUGAAAAAUAAUGAGCAAAAAAUGAGUCAUGAAAAGUCAUUAGAUCCUGUAAAUAAAACCUUUGAUAUCGAAUUUGAAAAUCUUGAACUAGUUUUACCUCCUGACAUUACAAUCAUGAAGGGAGUGACUGGAAAGCUGUCGCAUGGUAGAACAUGUGCGAUAAUGGGUCCUUCAGGUGCCGGAAAAACUACAUUUGUUUCCCUCUUGACCGGUAAAGCGAAAAGGACAAAUGGUGUUAUAAAAAUAAAUGGUGUGAAAGAAAACUUAAGUAAAUAUCGUAAACUUAUAGGAUUCGUGCCACAAGAAGAUGUAAUGCUUCGAGAACUGACUGUACGAGAAAUUCUGGUGCAUUCCGCCAUGAUGCGUUUACCAAAGGAUAUGGAUCGAGCUGCAAAGAAACAAAAAGUGAUUGAAACUAUAAGAUUCUUGGAAUUAAGUCACGUUAUGGACACGAUUAUCGGCAACGAAGAACAAAGAGGUAUCUCUGGUGGACAACGUAAACGUGUAAAUAUUGGAAUGGAACUUGUGGCCGAGCCUUCAAUCCUUUUCUUGGAUGAACCCACUUCCGGUCUUGAUUCAGCAACUUCACUAGAAGUUUGCAAACUUUUGAGAAAUAUUGCACACCAACAAAAACUUAAUGUCGCAGCAGUUAUACAUAGUCCAAGUCCGCAAGCAUUCAAUACAUUUGAUGAUUUCUUGCUCCUUGGUAAAGGAGGAAGGAUUGUUUAUUUUGGUCCACGAGAAAAUGCUUUAGACUAUUUCAAAAAUCUCGGUUUUGACUGUCCAACCGAUGAAAGUCCAGCUGAUUUUAUGAUGGAAGUUGCGUCUGGCAAAGUUAAGCCAUCCAGAGGAGAAACUGACGUAUCGGUUAAAGAUCUAUUUAAAGCAUGGGAAGAAUAUAGUACGGGAGGGAAAACCACAACCUUUGGUUCAGAUAAAAAAACUCCUGUCGAAAUUGGUUUAGAUUUUGGAACAAAACCAGGAAAACCGUCGUUUUCGUUUGGACGAAAGCUCAAAGAGGCCUUCUUAUCUUUUCACAUUCCAUUUGUACACCUUUUGCAAGAUGUUUAUUACUAUACUCUUGACGUAUUAUCUGAAUUGUUUGAUUUCUCUAAUAGAUUUCUCCUUUUUUUUAUGAGAGAUCCAAUUCGAGAAACUCCAAAUGUUUUUGUAUCCUUUAUUUUGUUAUUUAAACGAGCUAGUUUACAACUUUAUAGAAAUAGAACCCAAUUUUUAUUGGAUCAAUUAUUGCAUAUAGGAUGUGGUGCUUUUAUUUCACUUGCUGCCAGUAAUUUUACGUAUAUUGGAAAGGCACCUAUAGAACUUUGUGCAAUAACUCCUGCCGUGAUUGUUCCAGCCUGUUUUUUGGCAAAAGACACUCUGCAGAGCGCUGGAGUUUUCUUGGCUCUUGGUGUGACAUUCGCAGGAAUUUCAGCCGGAGGUUCAACAUUUGGUUAUGAAAAAGUAGUAUAUUGGCGCGAUACCUCGUCAGGAAUGCGAACGAUUCCGUACUUUUUGUCAAAAUUUAUUGCAGACAUCCCUAGGAUAGCUUUAGCGGCAUUUAUGUUCUCAAUCGCAUUUGUUUUAUUCUACCCCUUUUUAUCUAAAUUCACCGAAUUAUAUUCUAUCGUCUUAUUAUCCUAUUGGAGUGCGUGGUCAAUGGGUUAUUUCCUAUCAGCAUUAGUCACCAAAGAAAAACUCGGAUUAAUAGGAACCGGAUUUGCUUUGGCUUGGGGAUUGGUUUUUUCUGGAGCAAACCCAAAAUUAGACGAGGUUAAACACGGGGAAUCAUACGAGUAUAUUCGAUGGCUUUGGGAUAUUUCUACCCCAAGAUGGGCAGUUGAAGCUCUUUAUCUUAAAGAACUUUUUCCAAGAUGGUGGUAUGAAAUUCAUAAUUCACCAUUAAAUUAUACCUAUAGCUUUGCGGAUUAUCCAAUCUGUUUGAGAAAUAUCGCGUUAAUUUCUAUGUGUUGGGCCACCGCAGCUUUCUUUGCAAUGAAAUUAUUUAAUCGUGAUAAGCAAAAAUAG